AUGCUCGCGGCCUCAAAAUACGAAGAGGACAAUCUGAAGAACGGCCACGCUGCUGUGUGGGGCUCGUUCUAUUGUGCUUUGACGAACGACAGCAAGCUUUGUUUGGGCCAGGACGAGGGGCAAGGGUUGAGCUGGUUUUGUGGAUUUCGAUGCAACCCAGCCUGGCCUCGGUUAUCAGGCGUCGCCACCCAUCGGUGGGGCUAUGCUUGCUGCCUCCUGUGCGAUCGCACAGCAGAGUGCGGAAAAGUGGAGGUAAGAGCCAGACAAGCCACAUUCCUCGACAUUUGCGUCACUGCUGAUGAUGAGGUGCCUGCGUUGGAAGGACCCAUCGGCGACACCGAAGGGACAGACAGCACCAAAUCGCACCGAAAAGAACCGGAAGCCGCAGCGCCUGAGGAAGCCACUCCCGGCUCCGAACGCUGCGCUGCGGAGCUGGCUCGCAUCUUGGCGACGGAGGCGAAGAAGCCCUUCGAGGUGUUGGGCCUCGCCCCUGCGAAUGCCAGCAGCUAUGCUGUCAGGAACGCCUUUCGGCGUUUGGCCUUGCUAGUUCAUCCGGACAAGAACCCGGGAGACGAGGAGUUCGGAGUAUUUUUUCUUGUGAGAAAGGAUCCCAAGUUAGACUUGGCCCGCCUCAGGGAACGAGCACCUGGCAAAGAGCCACAAAAGCGGAGCGACUUCGAGAGUUCCGAGGACGAGUGGUAUCGCUUCGUAGACCUGGCUCUGCCUGGCGAUGCGCAGAAGAGAAGGGAGGCUUCAGCAAGACGUGCUGCAACAGCAGCCGCAGCCACAGGGGGUGCUGAAGGUGUGCUGAGGUCAGAAGUUGCUCUCCAGCAGACGACGAAGUCGGUCAAGGCCCUGUCAAAGCUACUGGGCAACCAGGAACUUGGCGCAGAAAUUGUUGCCAAAGUCGAGCGGGUGUGUCGUGGGAUGCUGGAAAAGGAGUAUGCCGAUGCAAACCAGGCACGCAGCAUCGAUACAGCAGCGGGGGUUUUAAUUUCUUUCUUCGGCCAGUCGCCGUGUUCCAAGGCCCAGAUGGCAGAGGCAGAGGCAGAAUCCAUAGAUGACAUGGACUGGCUUUCCGACUAUGUCAUCUCCGUGCUGAAGUCCCCGACCUGGGUGGUUCCCAUCCAGGAGUUUAUUGACAAGAAUGCCAUCCUCUUCGACGAAGCCGAGGAGUCCAUGCUGGAGCACACCACAUGCCACAACAAUUUCAAGGAGUUGGUGUCCAACUUGCUCCUCUGCCAUCUCAUGGAGGUAUCGAUCACUGAAGAGCAGUUUGAUCGCUUCUGCGAGACCGGCCUCACGAAGAAUCGCUCUCUGCAUCGUGCUCUGGCCGAACAGCUGCUGGCGGCGGAGGAUUUCCUGACAUUCAAAGCAAUGAUGUCAAAGCACAAUGCGGAGAUCUGCCGCGUGGUGGCGGGCGAUGAGACUGAAGGUGUCACAAACCUGGCCAGAGCUGUAGUGAAGAACAGCCUCAAUGAGGGCCUGCUUUCUGCAGACGACUGGCAAAUCUACGAUGACCCGCUGCUCGGUGCCGAAGUCAGCGAUGCCGUGGAUUUCUCCGCCCUGGAGGCCGAGGCCAAGCGCGAAGAGGCCGAACUGCAGCAGGCCAUCGCACUCUCCCUCAGCAUCGAGGAGGAGAGGCUCAGGCAAAUGUCGGCCAACGAGGAGCAGAUUCCGGACGUGCCAGUUGCACCACCUCCGCCCCCGCCCCCGCCUUCCGCGGGCUUCACAUCGGCUCCCCUGUGCCAUUUGCCUGAACCCAUUUCGCCCACUUCGCCCCGCACUGCCGCUCCUGCUCGGCUCCUCCAAACGGAGCCGCUGAGGCGGAAGCCCUGGGGUUUCACCUCGGCUCCGCUUGUAGCGCGCCCGCCGAUACCACCACCCGUGGCCACACCGGCCCCAGCCACCUCUGAACCAGCCCCCCCGAGCCCAAACGAUGUCCCCUCUGCGAUCCCGAGGUUGCCAGGCCGCGCCGGCUUCACCUCAUCACCUCUUUGCAAUGUGCCACCCAAGCCUCGAGUAGCGGUGGGAGCUUCUGCGGAGGAUGGGCCUUCAAAACCACCGCCGCCACCGGCCGAGGAAGCUGCGACCACCUCGACCGCUUCGCGAACUUUGCCUCCCGUGCAGGCCUUCCGCACCAACCUGCAGCUGUGGAAGCGCCGUGCUUCUGAAGCAGUGCAACCUCUGCCAAAGCAGUUGCGGGGAGCCAGAAGCAGAAUGUUUUCGCCUCCCUCGUCACCAAAGAGUGCAGCAGGCGACUUUUGUGGCCCCUCAGAGGAAGAGCGCCAGCAGCGCGCUGACCAUCUGAGGCGGCAGCGGGAUCGCCUGAUCGAGAAGCGUGCCAAGGACCGUGAGCAGCAGCUCUCCGAGUUCGGUGGUGCCGCACAUCCUGACAAGGAGGUGUGGGCGGCUCUGGGCCGGCGGCGGGUGGCCGAGCUCAGCGGGGCGCAGCUGGCCAACGAGGCAGCACCCUCGCAUGCACAGCCGGAGUCGGCUGAAAAGCUUCGGCAAGCACUGACCCGACAGUUGCUUCAAAGCCUGGCACAGUCCAUGGUCAGUGAUGCCGAAGUGCUGGAUGCUUACAUGGAUCUCGCCAUUGGGAACAAAGCUUGGCACACUGAGGUUCCGACUCUGAUGGAGGGCGGCAUGGAUGGCCUGACUGGCAUCGAGCGCGGGAAGCACCGAUCCUAUGCCCGAGCGCGCACAGCUCAGCGAUUGAAUGCGGCCAAAGCGAAAGCCAACGCAAUGGAUGACGAGGAGGUGCGGCGUCACGUGGUUGCCCUGCGGCGACUCCUCACGGUGGCCCAGCUGUUUCACCAAACCGUCUCAGGCAUAGACAGGGAGUGUGGCCGGAUGCCACGAUCGUCACUCCAGCCUGUUCCUGAACCUGUGGCAGCAAGGCAUGCAGAUGUGGUCAGCUACAACAAGGCAAUUGCCGCUCAAGCACGCAUGAGCAAGUGGAUCGAGACGAUAGGUCUCCUGAGGAGCAUGGAGAACUCAAGGAUGCGACUGGAUGUGAUCAGCUUCACCAGCACUGUCAAGGCAUGUGGCCUAGUCAGUCGCUGGGACUUCGCCUUGCGGCUCAUGGCCAUCAUGGAUGAGUUGUUCGUGACGGCAGAUGCGAUCCUUUGCGGUGCAACGAUCAGCGCCUGCGAGAAAGGCUGGCUUCUCGCAGCAAGUCUGUUGGGCGAGAUGAAACACUUACACUUGCGUCUGGACGUGGUCAACUUCAAUGCCAGCGUCAGCAUCUUCGGCCGGGGACACGCGUGGCUAACGUCGGUAGUACUGCUCGCUUCCAUGUGUUCCAAGCAAUUCGUGCCUGAUGUGUUCAGCCUGACAAGUGCAAUCAACGCGUGCGAGAGCACACGCCAGUGGGCAGUUGCCAGAGCCUUGCUGGUAGUCAUGUCUCUGCACGCGGUGCAGUCACACCUCCUUAGCUACAACAGUGCGACUAGCGUUUGCGGCCACUCUACCGAGUGGUCUAUGGCCUUGAGUCUCCUUGCAUGUGCAGCUCUAAAUCAGCUGAGCCCCGACAUCGUCAGCUACAAUGCGACAGUAGAAGGAUGUGCCUGGUCUUUGGCUAUCCACUAUUUGAUGCGCUGUACCCGGAAAGCUGCACUGAGGCCAACGCCGAUUAGCUACACGGCAGCUCUCGAUGCAGCAGGUCCGGGAGCUUCCUGGGCACACUCUCUGCAGCUCCUCCGCACCAUGCACGUCUCUGCCAAUGCCAUCAGUUACAACACUGCUUUGAAAGCUUUACCUGUCUGGACAUCGUGCUUGGUGCUAAUUCAGCAAAUGAAGAUCUGCCGAUUGCCGCUGGAUGCCAUGACUUUGAGCUCUGUGUGCUCAAACUGGUUUGCCGCGGCAGGUCUUCUCACCACCCUGGUAGAGCAGACUCAUCAGCUGAACACGGUCAGCUUCAACAGCAUCCUUGCCUCCAUUGAGGGGGGUGGACAGUGGCGUGUUGCCACAAGCCUGGCUUCUGGACUAGAUCGACACAGGUUGCUUCCAGACAUGUUCAGUUUCAGCUUGGCAAUCAGAGCUUGCCAAGAAGAUGGACAGGAAGCAGCUGCUUUGGAGCUGCUUGGAGGAGCGCAGGCUCUGCAGCUUUGCGACACGUCCACGUUCAACAGUGUCAUCGGCGUUUGCCAUGUUGGUGGAGAUUGGAAUGCCGCGAUCGGUCUUCAAGACCGGAUGAUAGCGCUGGGCCUUCAGCCAGAUGUGAUCACCCAGAGCAGCAUGAUAAGCGUUUGUGAGAGAGCCGCACAAUGGAGGGUGGGACUGAAGCUUUUUGCCUCGAGCUUCGAGAAGAAGGUCGAACCUGACUUGUUCUGCUUGAACAGCGCGCUCAGCACCUGUGAGAAGGCAAGGAGGCUUCAGGCUGCCUUGAUGCUCUUGCAAAGCUCCGUGGGAGCCGGAUCUGUGCGCCUCGAACCUGAUGUUAUCAGCUUCAACAGCGUCAUCAGAGCAUGUGCGGACGAUGGCCGGUGGCUCCUAGCUCUUGGCCUGUUUCUGACCAUGCGCAUGUGGCUGGAACCGAAUCUCGUUAGCUACAACAGUCUAAUCAUCACUUGCGCACGAAGAGGGCGAUGGUCCGCGGCGCUUGGCUUUCUGGAAGCCCUGAGAUCAGACGGGCUAGUGCCAAGCAUCAUCACCCACAGCAGCAUUGCAGCCACUUGUGCCAACUCUGGUGCGUGGAGGUGCGUUCUUGGGAGUAUGGCUGACAUGGAAAGGCAGCGGGUUUUGCCCACUGCGAAAACGUAUGUCAGCGCAGUCAAUGCUUGUGAGUUGGCAAAAGACUGGACAGUUGCCGCAUCUCUUUUUGCCGCCGCCGGAAGGCUGGGAGUGUCAGACUGCAGGUGUUGUGUAGCUACCAACGGGGAUGGAGUGGAUAAAUGCACGGCCGUCACCGCCUUGCUGCAAGCAGCCCAUGCAACGGGCAGUGUGCAGUGCGACCUCGUUCUCCCAUUCGCGGUCGCCGCGCUGGCGAUCAUCGUUUUGAACUUUUGCGUUGUCCUCUUAUCACCCCUCCUGCAUUGGCACGGAUGCAAUUUGUCCGACCAGUUAUACCAGGAAGGACCUCGGCGACUGAAGCAGCUCGCCGAAGGCCCGGUUCUCGAGGCCUGGUCUUGCCUGCACAGCCUGGACCGCAGCUCCCUCCGCCUGCUUCCUGACAAGGACCUGGAGCAGCGAGCCCGGCAGACACCACGAUGGCUCUUCAUCGGUGUAUCCUCGGUACAGAGGAAGGCUGAAUACCUGGGUCUCACUUUGUCUCACCUUUUCGACGCCAUGGGGGCCGCGACGGACACAGGUAUCGUUGUCCACCUCGCAGACUUCGAUGAAACUUGGGUCAGCAAAUCUCACGAGUGGCUCCGCUCUGGCUUCGACGACGAGGUGCAGGCGAAUCGUUUGCACGUGAUCCACGCCCCAGAGAAGCUCUAUCCCUCGAAGGAGGAGGUCCAGAAGAGCACAAAGUUCGGUGAUCCGCCGCAUAGGCAGUGGUGGAGAGCCAAGCAGAACAUGGACUACGCUUACUUGAUGUGGUAUGCAGCUGGCCUGUCAGAGUACUACAUGCAGCUCGAAGACGAUGUCCAGGUUGUUCCGAGUUUUUUGCCAACGGUACGUCGUUACAUGAGAGAGAAGGCGGCCGGCAACGAGUGGGUGAUGAUCGCCUUCUCGAAGCUGGGCUUCAUCGGCAAGACUUUCAGGUCCUCCAGGCUCCCGAAGCUCGCGGAGUUCCUCUUGGCCUUCCACGACCAGGCUCCCUGCGACUGGCUGGUUUGGAUCUUCAUUGAUGCAGCUUCUUCACAGCCGGUAACCGGGCAGAUUGCCAAGGACUUGGAAGACGAGUUCGUGAAACGUGCCCAGUCCAAACACCAAGCCAACAAGGGCAAAGCUGAGCAAACCAGAUCGAUGAGGAAUGAUGUUCUUCUCUUCUACAGGGAGCAAAGCGCGCAACAGGUCUUCCUCUCCGCAGCGGCUCCAGCUUCCCCAAAGACGACGCUUCCGUCAGCUCCAUCCAACGGUCCAGAAGCAGCACGGGGCUGGGCGUCGGUUUCGAGCCCGGCAUCGACACCCGGAGCGAUCGGACCGACAUCCACCGGUCAGAAUUUGGAAAGGCUCACGAGUGCUCAAGCUUUUCUCGCCCCGUUUUCUCUGCUAGACCUCACAGGAGCCAUGGAUUCCUCACAGGUCCUCAAUACUAUGUCCUCGAAGCUCGCCGCAGUUGCUGCUGGACUUGAGGCCCUAAAAGUGCAGGGCUCGGAACAGGCCGCCAAGCAUGAGUCUACGGCCCAGCAGCUGGAGCAGAUGCAGCAGCGCAUUGCUCAGCACGACUCCCUUCUCACAGGGGAUGGUCCGUCUGUCUUGCCGACGGCAGCUCCAGUGGCUCGCCCACAGGACUGGGAUGUGACUUUGCCCCACAGUGAUGCCAGCUCCUCACAGCCGGUCUCCCGUGCAGAGUGUGCCGCCAUGAUCACGGAGGCUUUUCAGCACAAGGUAGGACCUGCUUUGCAAGCUGUGGGAACGGAGCUCACGCAGCACGCGAUCAAGAUCAACACGCUGGAGCACGAGGUCAGGAUGCUCAAGAUUCGCACAUCCUGGACCGAAAAAGACCUCAUGUACUCACAGAUUGAGGCAGCCAAGCGCACUUUGGUGGU